AUGUCUCCAGGUCCGAAUCAAUUACCGGCAAAAGUUCUGAAGAAGCUGGUAUGCGAACUCGACAGAACACUUGCACAUUUUUCAGUCGUCCUUUGAUAGAUACAUUCUCACCUCUGAUUGGAAAGUGACGAAUAUAUAUCUCAUUCACAUGGGUGGAUAUAGGACAUGUACAAACAAUUAUCGGCCGGUGAGAAUAACGUGCCUUUGUUACAAAGUUGUGGAGAGAAUAGUCAAAAGGCCGUCACGAAGUUCCUCUAAGAAAAGAAUUCCUUCGAUAGUUCCCAACAUGGCUUUCAUCGAAAUCACGCCUGCUUAACAAACAUACUCCAUUUAAUGGGGCAGUGGCCCCGCUCGUUAGACGAAGGAACAAGGGUCGAUAUCGCCUAAAUAGACUUAAAAAAGCCUUUGAUAACGUUCCACACGACCGAUUACUUUACAAGGUCCGAGAGUCUGGGAUAAGGGGUAACCUAUUAAACUGGGUAAAGGACUUUCCGACUGGCUGAUCACAGUCUGUGUGCAUUGGUAGUGCGAAGUCAACGCCAGUGUCAGUUGUGAGUGGAGUUCCCCUAUGGCUCUGUGCUCGGACCAGUACUGUUUUUAAUUUAUUUCAAUGACUGUAUGAACAGGUUGGACUGCAAUGGAGUUACGUUUGCCGAUGACAUCGGGUUAUAGCGAUCUGUCAACUGAGAAGAAUGAUGAACGGACCCUGCAAGAAAGACUGAACCGUCUAUGGGAAGGGUCUGACAAGUGACUACUGAAGUUUAACCAUGAGAAGUGCGUCGCACUGCGACUCAAAACGAAUGGAAGAGCCGAUAGAGAGGAUCACCAGUACCUGCUUGGCGGAAGGUGCCUUUCAAAUGUGACCAAACAAAAAUACCUUGGUACCAACAUUUUGUCGACUCUUAAACCCACCUCUCAAUGUGUUUGGGCAAUCGGUGUUCUCUUCACUAAUCAACGAACUUUCAUAGAUACAGACAAAAAGUUAUUUGAACAAAUCUACGGAGCGUUUAUUCGCUCGCAACUGGAAUAUGAAAUCCAAGCGUGGCGCCCGUGGCUGAGAAAAGACUAUAAGUUGCUGGAAAAAGUUCGGAAGAGGGCGACAAAAUUGUAAAAGGCCUCAAGACUUUACCUAACAGCUGCAGACUUGAUGAGCUUAACCUAUUUCCUCUUAAACACAGGUAGAUCCGAGGAGAUCUCAUACUGGUGUACCGGACCGUGAAGAACCAGGACUGUGACUUACACCUCGAUGAUUUCUUCGCAUUGGUCACAACAACAAACCUGCGUCGGCACUCUCUUAGUCUUCAAAGAUUCCGAUGUCACCCGGAGGUUCGCAGGUACUCUUUUUCAUAGUGAGUCGUCGGUGCCUGGAACGGGCUUCCCGGGGACAUUAUAAUGGUGGAUUCCACGGAGCCAUUUAAACAAAGACUAGACGUAUAUUUGCUUGAAAGACACCGCGCAAAUUGACAGAACAGCUCUGUUAUACCAAACCGCUGCCUUGCAUACACUUACCGCUAAUGCCGAUGAUUUUCAUUCCAUUCUGCCGUUAUCACCUACAAAUGAGUGUCCUCGAGUGUCGGUCCUGCAUCUUUAAAGACGAUAUUCUCUAAAAUGUCGCAUCCCUCAUCAUAUCCCAUAGGCCACGCCGAACCAUCACCUCGGCAGAGCUCAAGGCCAUAAGGGAAUUUAAGAAUGACGACGAAAUUGUCAUUGUGCCAGCGGACAAAGGACGGGCAACCGUAGUGCUAGACAAGUCGGAGUACGUUGCCAAAGCGCAGCAGCUACUAAAUGACAACCAAUCGUAUAAAGUCAUCGACGCCGACCCCAUGAAAGCACUGGUGGGCAAGAUCAACAAGAGCCUGAACUAG